CUGGAAGCCUGGAACCAACAACUUCCUUCCCGUACAAGCCAGUGCCCGAGCCACGCUCCCGCCGCACUUCGCCCCUCGCCGCCUAGCUUGCUCCAUCCUCCGCGCCCGCGCAGCUGCGCUCGCCGUCGCCGUCGCUGCCUAGCUUCCUCCAGCCUCCGCAUCUGCGCUCUAUUUGUACCGCAUUCUCGGAGGAGGAGCAGGAGGCGAGGAGCCGCCGAGUAGAGGAGAGGGGGAGGCGAAGUCGGUGCUCUCGCCGGGGGUUGACGGUGGAACUCCGGGCGAGCGAUCGAGCCGGCGAAAUGGACGAGGAAGAGGAGGAGGAGAUGUCCGAGAGGGAGGUCGACUCCCAGGUUCAUAUGGCUUGUGUAAUGCAAGGACGCAGAGUUGGAAUAGCAUACUAUGAUUCAAGUAUGCACCAGCUUUUUGUAUUGGAAAUCUGGGAAGACAUAACUGAAGAUUUUCCUUUGAUUGAUCUUGUGAAAUAUCAAUCCAAACCGAGCACAAUAUACACAAGUACUAAAACAGAUGAGGCACUUUUGUUGGCGUUACAACGAAAUGAUUGUAAUGAUGAGGCCCCUGCUGUGAAGCUCAUGAAAAGCUCAACCUUCAGCUAUGAGCAAGCCUGGCACAGAUUAAUGUACUUGAAAGUCGCAGCUAUGGACGAAGGGUUAAGUGUAAAAGAAAGGAUCUGUUUUCUUAAUUCCAUGAUGGAUCUUGGAAGUGACGUUCAAGUUCGUGCUGCUGGAGGUCUUCUUGCUAUAUUAGACAACGAGAGGCUUCUUGAUACCCUUGAUCAGAUGGAAGGUGGAGCAUCCAUUGCUAUUGAUUCUGUGGCACAGAUAUCAUUGGACAAGUUCCUGAAACUUGAUGCAACAGCUCACGAGGCGCUACAGAUUUUUCAAGUAGAUAAACACCCCAGUUACAUGGGAAUUGGAAGGGCUAAAGAAGGGUUCUCAGUUUUUGGUAUGCUCAAUAAGUGCGUCACUCCUAUGGGAAAACAUCUCUUGAGGACAUGGUUUUUACGUCCUAUAAUCGAUAUUGAUGUCAUAAAUAAUCGCCUCAAUACAAUAUCAUUCUUUCUUUGCUGUGAAGAUGUAAUGUCUGCACUGCGUGGGACUUUGAAGUCUGUCAGAGAUAUUCCCCACAUGCUCAAGAAAUUCAACUCUCCAAGUUCAUUCUGUACAAGCAGUGACUGGCAUGCAUUUCUGAAGUGCAUUUGCUCUCUUCUGCAUAUAAACAAGAUUUUUGAAGUAGGAAUAUCAGAGCAUUUGGCAAUCAAAUUACAACAUAUGAACAUUGACUUGGUUGGAAAGGCCAAUUCUUCCAUUACAGAAGAGCUGGAUUAUGUAUCAGAUCUGGUAGUUGGUGUGAUUGAUGUGCAACGGGGUAAAGAAAAAGGCUACGACACACUGGUGAAAGACGGAUUAUGUGAGGAGUUAGACGAACUGAGGAUGGUCUAUGAAGAAUUGCCUGAUUUUUUGGAGCAGGUGUCAGCCAAUGAAAUUGCCUCCUUCCCUUUCUCAUUUGAAUGCAGAAAAGCUCCUCUAAUCGUCUAUGUACACCAAAUAGGAUAUUUAAUGUGUUUUUUCGAUGAGAAGAUAAGUGAUGCCUUGUUGAUAGGACUUCCAGAUUUUGAAUUUGCGUUUUCUGAGGAAGGAGAGGAGAGAAGGUUCUACUAUCAUACUCAAAAGACGAGAGAACUUGACAAUCUUCUGGGCGAUAUUUACCAUAAAAUUCUUGACAUGGAGAGAGCAAUUAUAAGGGAUUUAGUGUGUCGUGUUUGCCAGUUUAUACCUCAACUGACGAAAGCAGUAAACUUUGCAGCAGAACUUGAUUGCAUAUUAUCGUUGGCAAUUGUUGCUCGCCAAAACAAUUAUGUGAGGCCCAUCUUAACUGAGGAUUCCAUACUUGAGAUACAGAAUGGCAGACAUGCUUUGCAGGAAAUGACUGUUGAUACCUUCGUUCCAAAUGACACUAAAAUCCGCAGUUCAGGACGAAUCAACAUAAUAACUGGACCUAACUACUCAGGGAAAAGCAUUUACAUCAAGCAGGUGGCUUUGGUGGUUUUUCUUGCUCAUAUUGGAAGCUUUGUUCCUGCUGAUUCUGCCAUUGUUGGAUUGACAGAUAGGAUUUUCUGUGCAAUGGGCAGCAAAUCCAUGACAAGUGAACAGUCAACUUUUAUGAUUGAUUUACAUCAAGUUGGAACAAUGCUCAGGCACGCAACAUCGAGAUCCCUAUGCUUAUUGGAUGAAUUCGGAAAAGGCACUCUAACAGAAGAUGGUAUUGGUCUGCUUGGAGGAACUAUCAGCCAUUUUACAGACUACGAUUGUCCUCCAAAGGUCCUUUUGUCAACACAUCUGACACAGAUUUUCACAGAAAGCUACCUGCCGCAGUCUGAACAUAUCAAAUGUUAUACCAUGAGUGUUCUGAAUCCUGAUGAACAAACAGACAACGAAGAUGUCAUAUUCCUUUAUCGACUUGUACCUGGGCAAGCGCUCUUGAGCUUUGGACUACACUGUGCACAGCUUGCUGGUGUUCCGAGUGAAGUUGUUCAGAGAGCUGUUACUGUUUUGGGGGACAUCCACUCAAAGAGACCUAUAAGGCGCAUGGUCUGGGAGAAGUUAGCAGCAAAGGACCAACAAUACCAGGAUGCAGUGACUAAACUGUUGGCCUUCGACCCACACAAAGGUGAUCUGGUCAACUUCUUCCAGGAAGUUUUUCCGUCCUAGCUGUAGACCAGGCUGCAUGGAACCUACAAAACAAAUGAUGUAAAAGAGUUGCUUAAAACAUGGAAUUGGCAGAUCAUACGCGACCUGCUCCAGGAACCUACAAAACAAAUGCUGAACCUCACUUGAUCAGUGGCGUUGGGACAUUGUGUACAUAUUUGCUUGGCAAUGAGAAAUCAAAUUUUGCGUCUUUUCUGUU